UUCACACACACUCAUACACAGUGUCCCAGUGGUCCGGAGGUGCUGCCGCUCACCCUCAGCAGCUAACUUGGAGCAGCCUGGAUGGAGCGCUGUAGUGUUGUGGGUGGAGAACCUGUGGACUGAUAGCAUUAUUCUGUACUGACUGGAAACCUCAGCAGAGCUUUACCAUGGAGUUUGGACGAGUUUGGUCCAGAUAUCAGAAGACGGUGCUGAUCACCAUGAUGAUGUUCAAACUGGGUAUUCUGUGCACAGUGGCAGCAGACAAGUGUCUCUCAUCUCCCUGCAACAAUGGUGCCACAUGUCUUGACCACCUUAGUGACUAUGUGUGCCUGUGCCCCAAAGUACCAGUGUGGUACAUGGGCAAAAACUGUGAUGAGCUGUACGAUGCCUGUAUCACAGCUCCUUGUACCAACUGUACCAGCAAACUUGGGACUGAUGAAUUCACCUGCCACUGCCCUGAUGGCUUCACAGGACUCAACUGUACCCAAGAUGUAGAUGAAUGUCACAGCAACCCCUGCGAUGGUAUGAAGUCCUACUGUGUUAACAGAAUCAAUGGAUAUUCCUGCCACUGUCCAAUUGGAUUAGGAGGUGAAGACUGCCAGGAUAAUUUGACCACUUGUUCAGAGAAAACAUGCCAGAAUGGUGGCACUUGUAUGGACAUCCCUGACAAGGGGCAGCAGUGCCAGUGUGCUGCUGGAUACCAGGGGAUGAACUGUGAGGAGAGCACUGAUGAAUGCCAGUCUGAGCCCUGUCAAAAUGGAGCCAUCUGUAAAGAUGGGGUCAACACCUAUCAGUGUUUCUGUGUGCCUGGAUUUCAAGGCUACCACUGUGAUUUGGACAUCAACGAGUGUGCCUCCCGACCUUGUCAAAACAAUGGCACAUGUCUGGAUGAAGUGGAUCACUAUGUGUGUGACUGUGCUUCAGGCUUCAAAGGGAUUAACUGUGAGGUAGAGAUCGAUGAGUGUGAGGUGGCUCCCUGCCAGAACGGUGCCACCUGCCGAGACUACAUUGCCACAUACAAGUGUGAGUGCAUGGCUGGCUUCCAGGGCCAAGACUGCGAGGUCAAUAUUGAUGAAUGUGCCAGCAUGCCCUGUCUGAAUGAGGGCAAGUGCAUCGACGGGGUCAACAGCUAUGAAUGUGACUGUGAGGGGACAGGGUUUGUAGGCAACCACUGUGAAGAUGAUAUUCCUGAAUGUGCUUCCAACCCCUGCAAGCAUGGAGCCACCUGCUUGGAGGGAAUCAACCUGUACAAGUGCCAUUGCUGGCCAGGUUACGAGGGAGAUAACUGCCAGGUGGAUAUAGAUGAGUGUGAGCAGAAUCCCUGCGAGAAUGAUGGCGAGUGUUUCCAGCGAUCAGAUAUCCUGAACUACGGGAUGCUGCCUGAACUCAACACAACCAGUUUUACAUAUGAAGAAGCAGCUGGCUUCAUCUGCCACUGUGUAGCAGGGUUCACUGGAGACAACUGCUCAGUCAAUGUGGAUGAGUGUGAGUCUGCUCCUUGUCAACAUGGAGGACACUGCCGGGAUCUGGUCAACUCUUAUCAAUGUGUGUGUCCAAACGGCUUCACAGGUAUACACUGUGAGGUGGACAUCAACGAGUGUGACAGCUAUCCCUGCCAGAAUGGUGCCACGUGCGAAGAUGCCGCCAACUCCUAUAGGUGUCACUGCCCGAUGCCAGAGCCUGGCCAGGAGCCCUGGGGUGGGCAAGACUGUGACGUCCGCCUGGUCGGCUGCCAACAUCAUCAGUGUCAACACAAAGCAGGUUGUGUCCCUAUGCUGACUGAUGAUGGAGAGCACAGUUACACCUGCCUGUGUCCGCCCGGCUGGACCGGAGAACGCUGUAACACCUCAACCACUUUCUCUUUUAACUCAGAGGGCUACAUCCACAUGCAGCUGCCUAUUUCCAAAAUCAGGACUAGGCGAGAGCCUGAUGAUCAUAGCCACGGGCUCCACAUGCAGCUGCGAUUCAAGAGCACUCUGCCUGACAUGGUGCUGUACUACCGGGGCACCAUGGAGCAGUUCUUCUCCUUGGAGCUUGUUGGUGGCACUCUCCAGGCCAGGCUGAAGUCAGGGAAGCUACUGCAGGUAAUUUACCCUGGCCCAGUCAAUGAUGGACAAUGGCACCAGGUCUCUGUGACCAUGGAUGAGAGGCUUGUUCUGACUGUAAAAGGACUUGGGUGUGAGGAAGGGUGCUGGGUGGAGAACGAGGGCCACAACCACCUGAUCUUCCUCCAGCCCAGCUCCUUUCAACAGCUGUACAUAGGAGGGUCACCGCAGGAAUAUUUAAACCAAACAUCCAGUGGAAAGGGGUUCAUUGGCUGUAUGGAAGACCUCCUUGUCGAGAAUAAGCUCCUCCUGCCUCAAGACCUCAUCAGAGAGGAGAACCAGGGCCUGGAACUGGGAUGCACCAAAACAGACUGGUGUCAGGAGGACCCAUGCAGGCAGCGUGGGCAGUGUAUGGACAUGUGGGUUCGUGCCAGUUGUCAGUGUCACCGGCCUUACUAUGGAGAAAGCUGUGAGAAGGAGUACCCAUCCUGGACCUUUGGCCAUGAGAACACCACCAGCUACUCUGCCUUCAAUAUCUCAGAAACCCAUGGAGACAACUUCACCAUUUCCUUUUUAAUGCGCUCCCUCAAGCACAAUGGUCUGCUUCUGCAGCUCAGUCGUGAAGGAAAGCCCUACAUGACAAUCUAUCUGAAGGAAGGCACUGUUGCUAUUUACAGCCCUCACACCACACUGCUGUCAGAGGCCAGGUUUGUCACUGAUGGGAACAAUAAUUUGGUGGCUGUUACGGUACACUAUGGCCAUGUGGUCUUCCCCAAAGCAGGGAACCAUCGUGCCUUAGGCAACGUUAGUGUAGAGGCAGGGGAUGUGGCGUAUAUUGGAGGGCUCCCUGUAGGCAAGAGCAUGAAUGCCUGGGGUGGAAACUUCAAGGGCUGCCUGCAGGACAUUCGGCUGGACCACAAGCAUCUGACCACCGAGGAUCAUCCAGAAAGACCAGAUGUUUACCAGAUAAGCACAGAGGAGAACGUGCUGCCAGGAUGCCAGAGUGAUGACACAUGCAAGGAUGAGCCCUGCUUCAGUGGUGGACAGUGUCAGGUCACCUGGAAUGACUUCAGGUGUGACUGUUCGAUUAACUACUCAGGCCGGCUGUGUGAGACUCGUCUAUGGUGCAUCGACAACCCUUGUUUUGAUGGAGUGAGAUGUGUGGACCUGCAGGAUGGUUAUGAGUGUUUAACUGAAGCCAUUUUUCAGGACAACUCUCUCCAGUAUGUUGCCAACAACUCCCUGCUGAGCCCCAUAACCAACAUCACCAUGGACAUACGAACAAGAGACGAAAAUGGGAUCUUGUUGCGGGCCACCGGCAGAACAGAGGUGUUCUGCUUGGGUCUGCUCAACUCCUCCCUGCUAGUCAAACUGAACAGUGGGGCAAGUGCAGAGCUACUGGCCUUCACAAGUGACAGGACCAUUGCAGAUGGAGCGUGGCACCACAUCCAGCUGACGAUGGUUGAUCCCACACAGUCAGCAUCCCGCUGGCACCUCACCAUAGAUGGACAGAGAGCGGGUGGCAGCUUCGGCGUUGGCGGCAACCUCAACUUCCUCAAUGAUACCAUAAUCUGGCUGGCUGAGAAAUACACUGGAUGUCUAGGGGAGGUGAGAGUGGGCGGAGUCUAUCUGCCAUUCAUUAAUGUGCCAGAUGCCCCUCAGGUGAGCUGGUUCUCCAGACUGGGUGGGCAUGAGCCAAUCAUAGGAUGCCAAGGUGCACCAAUUUGUGAUUCCCAGCCCUGCCUCAAUCAGGGUCAAUGUCAGGACCAGUUUUAUGAGUUUAACUGCAGCUGCAGCUCAGGAUGGGAGGGGGAACUGUGUGAGAGAGAGAUAAAUGAGUGUUCUUCAAGUCCCUGUGUCUACGGUACAUGUAAAGACCUCCUGGCAGACUACCAGUGUGACUGUGAGCCUGGAUACAUGGGGAAAGACUGUCAGGAGGAGGUGGAUAACUGUCUGGAGUUCAGCUGUGUGAAUGGAGGAACCUGCGUGGAAACAGUAGGAACUCACACGUGUUCAUGUCCCUCUGGCUAUGUCGGCAAGCGCUGCCAGUGGCGUUUCCCUCCAGUGGCAUGUGAUGCUAAAACAGAAUGUCUUAAUGGAGGGGUCUGUAUAGGAGGCAAUUCUGGAGGAAACUGCACCUGUAAGCCUGGAUACACUGGUGCCAGGUGCGAGACAGAAAUAGACGAGUGUGAGUCCAGCCCUUGUCUCAACGGUGCCACUUGUCUGGACAGACUCAACCACUUCCAGUGUGCUUGUGUGCUGGGCUAUAGUGGCACAUUGUGUGAGAGCAACAAAGAGGAGUAUAAGGAGCGAGUUCCCUGGCUCGCAGUGACCAUCCCUCUGACCACCCUGUGUGUGUUACUGGCCAUCCUGGUGGUGUUUUUCCUCAUCAUGACGGCCCGGAAGAAGCGUCAGUCAGAGGGCACGUACAGCCCCAGCUCACAGGAGGUAGCUGGUGCCAGGCUGGAGAUGGGCAGUGUCCUUAAAGUGCCCCCAGAGGAGAGGCUGAUCUGAGUCCUGCAGCCCAGGCUCACAGCCCUCCAUCCAGUGGAUGUACAUAUCUAUCUAAAGGCCCUAGAAAACAUAUCCUUUGCAGUGUCACACUGCUGGUCUCUCCCCCCUACAGGGAGAUGACCGAGGAUAAGUCAAAGACUAAUCCUCAGUUUGGGAACACUACUGAUGUUGAAACCUCAGAGGUGGACAGGAAAAGACCAGAGGCUGGAGAGGAGCAGUCUCCUGAUUACACAAGUGGUCCUGUUAGGGGCAGCGUGGUCAAUGAUAGCUCUGACCCUGGAUGUCCCCUGGUAAGUGUUGAGGACAAUCUUAAGCUUGAUUCAUAUGGGGCCAAAAUCCAAUGAAGAGCACAUGCACUGGAGAAAAGACCCAAACCAGUGGGUACAAAGAAAUGUUUCACACAAACUGAAAAUCACUGAAACUGAAUUACUUUGAAGCCUUCCAUAUAGUCAUGUAAGAACAUGUAAGUAAUUCAUCAUUAUGGUUUAGCAAAGCAAAACCUUUCUGCAGAUUCCACAUCUGACUCAAAAUAUAUUUAAAACAAAUUCUGUCAAUUUACAUCUCAAUUUGCAUGAGUACAUAAUAUUAUAAUGGGAGCCUUUACUUCACCAACAUACUUGUAGUAGUAUUACUUACACAAGGGGUGUCUGGUUAAUUAGAAGAUUUUUUUAUAGACACAAACUAAUUUGGCUUUAUCUUGUUAGAGUUCCUUUUGUUAUGCUAAUCCUACAUGACUUCAAAACUUCUGCCAUAAUGGGUUUUGCCACUUGAUUUGCAAAUUUGUGAUUUUAAUUUUUUUGUUGGAAGAAAUGUAAUUUUGAUUAAGAGAUAAUAUUUAAAUUUACUGAAUCAGAUAUUUUUAAUUUGUAUAACAUUGUCUUGAGCACUGGUGCUUAAUAAUACCUGUUCACGAGAGUGGAGCAUUAUUAAGUUGAAGGCAAUACUUUUCCAUCAUGUGUCUGCUGGUUUUUAUUGAUCCAAAGACUCCACCAGUUUCUGUCACUGAGUAGUCCCUCUUUACCUGAGCUGCUGCAGUCUUCUUUGUGAAUGAAAAGAUGCACACAUUUGAGGUGAUGGGAACAUGUCUGUCCAAGACCUCCAUGAGCCUCCUGAGUGCAGAUGGACAGCACUGCAGCUUCUGCAGGCAUAAAAAAACUUUGUGUCAAAAAUUGCUGUAUUAUAUGGUCAAUGUGCACUGUAUGGCUACAAGGCUAACCACUUUACCAUUUUUUGUUAACAAUGUAAGUAUGCUAUGGGUGUUUUAUCCAUGUCUGUGUGUAUAAUGUAUUGCAAAAGUUGAAGCCACUGUAUUAUUAUUGUUAUUAUUUUUGUAAUAUCUAAAUGGGAAACAGUAUUUAAUUGUAGAAAUCUUGUUGUGGUCAAAGGUGGUCACAUCAGUAUUUGUGGACAUAAAUAAAUUCAAGUGUCAGUAAUUACAAAGGGAGAAAAAAAGGGAGACAUAAUUUCACAGAAAAUGUUUAAUUGAAUCAUAGCUGAUUUUUAGAAAACAUGUUUAUUCAAUUCUUUCCAAGAGUGAUUAGCUUAGCAUAAUGCCUGAAUACAGGGGGACACUAGCCAGGCUGUCUUCAGAGUGAAAAACAGUUACCAAAACCUCUAAAGCUCACUGUUAACACAUAGUACAUCUCAGUUGUUCACAGUGAACACAAACAGAAAUAUUGUCAUGGAUGACUGUUUGAAUCAUAGAGGGACUAUUUCUCUCACCUUGGGAUAAUGUUUGACAAAUACUGGUCAGACUGCAGCUGACUUUAAUAGCAGUGUAAUGAAUUAAGAAUUCUUAAACUGAGAAUUAUUAAGUCUUAUUCAUCUGUACUCACAUCUGUGCUUCAGGACGUACAACUGCUCAUUUGCCUUUCACUCUGUUCUAACCAGUGCUGCUAACUCUACUAAACCAGUUAAUGCGUUUACAGUUUCCUAAAGGUGCUGAUAUCAUAUAAAUUCAGGCUGACACACCAUACCAAUUUCAUGUUAAUGGAAAAAGAAAAAUUUGUGAAAGGUACAAAUGCAGUGUACCAGUCUAGGCCUCUUUGUUCCAGGGAAGGGAAAUCUAAGUGCUGCAGCAUACAGUGGUAUUUUAGACAGCAGAGUGCUUUGUGGCAACAGUUUGUAUUGCUCCUUUAGUGUAGUUACUGCUCCUGGCAUGUACAGAGCCCUGACCUCAACCACCUCCAGCACCUCUGGGAUGAACUGAAACACAGUGACACACAGACUGUGAGCCUGACUUUAUCAUGCAACAUCAGCAUGGGACCUCACUAAUGCUGGAACAAAUCACUGCAGCUAUGGUUUUCACAUCUGGUGGAAAGCCUGAAACCGAGGAUUCACUGAGUUUGGGCUGUUGUAGUUGCCCAUGGUUUUGGUAUGAGGUAUUCAGGAGUUUGAUAUUAGUGUAAUGUACAUCUGGCCAUGAUUGUCUUUUGUGAAGGUGCAAAUAGCUGAAAGGAUUCAGUGACAUUCCCAGGUCCAUUCUUGUUUGUACCCAUUACAGCAGGCAGUAUAACUGUAAGUUUGGUUUAUGUUUGUUUUACUGUAAAUGUAGAAACCAGAUGUGAUUUAUGAGUUUGAAUAGAAAAAUGGAAAAAGUAAGAAAAAAAAGAAAUUCAGAUCCAUCAAUGCACAUGUAAAUAUUCUAAUGUACCCUUAGUUAAGUGGCUUCUUUAUCGUUCAACAUAAAUCUCAAACAGUGGAUCUGAAACUUAUUUACCUCAGUGGUAAGAACCAGGCCUUUAUUUGGGCCAUUUAUAUUAGAGAGAGGGUCUCUACUUUCCCUAGCUUCUCAGUCAAGGCACAGUCAAAACAUCUUCCAUGUUUACCUGUUGUUUUGAUAAAGUCAGUAUAACAGCCAUUUCCACCAUGAAUCAAACUCAUCACAUUCUCCAUAAUUUUCAAAUAAAAGUAUUCUACCCUUCUGUUUAUAGGUAGGUUUUCAAUGUGAAAAAACACAGGAAGUGUCGAGUUGUGCUACUGGCAAAUUAACAUCAAUAAGGAGUUUGGGGAAAAAAGAAACAAGUGGUCAGUGUAACAUGAUUCCGUUAUUAUACUGAGGGAAUUAGUGAUAUAGAAAUGGACGAUAGACAAGUUUAUUAUGUAAGCUUACAGGUAAUUCCAUCCCAUUCAAUAUUUUUUACCCAGCCAAGACUGGCCUUUAUUUGUUUGUACAGGCUAUUAACUCCCAGCAGUUCAUUUUAUAUGAGAAUCUACUGUAUGCCAAUUUCAGGUCUCUAUAGCUCAAGAUGAUGGAGGGGCAAAGCAUAAGUCUCCAUGCAAAUGGACAUGGUCAGAGAGGUGUUUUUCUUUUUUUUUGAUUAUGAUUAGUAAGGCUGUUGCUUCUUCUCCCAACAUACAUCUCCAGAUUGCAGCUGCACUUUUCACUGUUUAUGAAGAUGCAAGGCUUUUUUUUACUCCCACUGGCUACCUGUCAUGUUAAAUAAUGGUCAGAAAUCAGUUAAUGCUCCUUUAUAACGAAUGCAGUGAAUGUACAGGUUUGUGCAUGAUGAGAGAGUAUGUGUCUACAUGUUCUCCUGUGUCCAUGAACCUUAUCAGCCUGUGAUUGUUUUGACAGAUUAAAGCCUUUGUGUAGACUGUACUUCAGAAUAUUCAAAAGAGAGGUCACUGACAGAAACCUCAUGUUGAAAGGUAUAUCUCUGCUCAAAUAUUCAAAUGUUGUUCAGUGCAUAAUGGUAUUAUACAGAUACACAGUGUUAUAUGAUACUGUACAUACAUGCUAGUCAGAUGAAUAUCCCAACUAUGUACAGGAUGAUAGUGAUUUUACACUGGAGUUGUUUUUACCAAAGCUGCACCAUGUACAGCACACUGUAGAUUGGUAUAUGAUGAGUUCUAUUCCAAAAUAUUAAUUUCAGUUUAUAAAAUAGUAAUAAUUCCCUGGAGUCAUUCCAGAUUGUGAUACUAAUGGUUCAACCAAGAACACUCAUAAAUAAAAGUGUCUUACAGUUUGCCACUAUUUUAAGCUGUAAGUCAUUUGGAAGUAUUCAGAGCUAGUUCCCAUGUUUUCUAAAAGUGGAUAUCUUAUUUUGGAAUAUUACUCCUCAUUUGUACUGAGAAUCUGCAUUUAUAUGGGGAGGAUUUUAUGAUUUGUCUGUAAAGUAAGCUGGAUACUCUCAAUCAAAAUAGAUAGUUACAUUGGAAUUAUGUGUAUAUAGUGGGAAAUGUCACAUUAAUUUGAAUCAAAUGGGUAGAUAUGAAAUGUGUCUUAAGCAGUGUUCAAAGAAAAAUAAAACACAAAGGAAAUAAA